CUAUUUGAUCUGCGUCGCAUUCAUAUAUUGUCUUCACGACUAGGCUGAAUGACACGUAAUGAAUAGAAUUUUUUGAAUAUCAACAAGAUUUGUGAAUAUUACAAAUGGAAUAAGACUCAUAAUCGUGCUUAAAGAUAAAACAGAAAUAGAAGAUUUGUUUUAGUGGGGAUUAUUAAAUUCUAUCGUGGCAUACAGUUAGGAAAUAAAAAAGGAGGCAGAAGUUUGAUUGAGUCUGUUCAUGUGAGGCAAUGAAACAUACCAUACCCCUCAAGUGCUUAGCACCGGGUUAGCGGAACUCGUCAUACAGACCUUUAUUUCACUAAGUGAUCACAACGGACAAAAAAUAUAACAACACAAGUUAAAUGCUGGGAACGGUUGAGGUCCUUUGCACGAAACUUAAAGACCGCUGUUGUGACAGCAGAAAAAAUAAAACAAUGAAAUAAAAGAGAAGAGAUUUUGACACAUGGAAUGCAGCACAGGAAAAGAUAAAGCUUGCCACUCAUUACCAUUGGACAAAGUGGGAAAAUGAUAUCGUCGACCGCAACAAAGACUUGCUAUUGUUUGUAUUAAAGAUGGAAGUCGUUUUCCUUUGGCCAAUAGACAACGGUUAGUUUGAGGUGUAAGUAAAAACCAGUUAAUACUAUUAAAACAAAACAAUGGCUGAAGCUUCAAAAACACAGUAUUUUGAUGAACUUUUAAACCUACUUGAUAUUAAAGAAUAUUAUCCAGAGAAACUGACCAGAGAAAAACUUUAUGAAAUUACUCCUGAAAGUUUAAGCAGCGAUAAAAAAUCGGUGACGGCCGUAUGGCAGUUCAUUGACAAAAUUACACGUUAUAAUUACCAUGCAAGAAAUAUACAAACUCAAAACGCUGGAGCAGGAACUAAACCCAAAAGCUUCCAAGAGAAGAGGAAAAUACAAAGGGAUUCUUCUAUAUUGAAUGUCCAUCCUUUGGACGUGUUAGCAGCAGUAUUCCUAUGCUGUGAUCCAAUAGCUAAGCAGGAUCUUGUAAUGCAUCUGUGGGGAUGCAAGUUGUCUAUACCAUUUGCAAUCCAACCUUCGAAAGAUGAACGUCUACUUGUAUAUCUAUGGCCUUUGCGUUCUUUGAUAGGUCAAUUUCAGGAACUUGACACAUGGGUAGAAACUUCAUUGAUUGAUAAAAGCAUGAAAUCAGUUGCCUUUUUAAGAGUUGGCGAAAACGAAUAUUCGAAAUCUUCUUUGCUUAAUAGUAUCAUUGGUGGAUCCGAAAAACCCCAUCCAAUGUUUUUCAACCGAAAUUCUGAGGGUUCAAAAAGAAAAAAAUCAGAUCUAACGAACGGUUUAGUUGAAAUAGGAUGGUUUCUGUCUUCUGACAAUGACGAAGGACAGCUAACUAAACCCCACAUUUUUUUCAAUUUGCGUGGAGAUGCUACUAAAAACCUUUCUCAAGUUGAGCUGAUUGGCCAGUUAGCAACAGUAACUAUUGUUUUAUGUUCACUCUGUAACUUAGAAAAUUCAAAAGGUAUAUUAAAGAUAUUAUGUGAAAACAAAUCACGUAUUAUUAUUUUGAUAAGUGACCAAAAGCCAGAUUUUACUGUCAUUUCAACUUUUUUAGACAAUUCAUUCUCACAUCUUUCGGAAACUCAAAUGGACAUAAUAACAAUUGAAGAAGAUAUGAUCUGUGAAGUUCUUGAGAGCUUGCAUCAUGUCAUUUCUAAAAUGGAAUCUGAUGAUGGCAGAGAAUUGGUUCUAUCUGACUUUGCAAAAAAUUUGCCUUCAAUGAAAUAUAGAGUAGACGAAACUGAAAUACAUUAUACUGAAGCUUUCGAAAUUUCAUCAGAUAUAUUGAGAGAAGUGCGUGACACCAAAGAAGAAAAAAGAAAAGACACAUUACUUCCUCUUCAAGAAAGAUUUUGGAAAAAAUGGGCUCAGAUGGAUCGCGAUCUGGCACGAUUUGAUCAGCUAGAUCCCUCAAAAAGGAAACGUUAUGGUAACAUAACUAAUUUACAAAAAGAUAUGUUUAAAACUAGACAGUCUCAAUACUUUCAUCUUAAGAAAAAUGGUCUAUCUGCACCUAUGAAAUUAUUUGUAGGUGCAUUCGUUAAACUAAACUAUGUGAGCAGAAAAAUAUUUUUGAGGAUGGUAAAGCUUCAGUUAGACAUUCUAUCGAGGAAAACCUUAAAACCAUUCUAUGAUGAGUACCAAGAACUAUUGAAACAAACGAUUGAUGCAACGGAGCACGAGAGAAUAUCAAUACAGAAACAACUAUUAGAUCUUGACACAAAAAAGGCAAAAUUUUCAUUUGGCCUUGAACAUUUUAUAAGGGAACUAGGACAGACAUAUGAAGCGUGCCUUUAUCAUUCUGAGGACAAUAUAUCGAUAUUCUGCGGGAAGGAUACAGAGUUGCCUUACGAAGAAAUACCAAGAUUUGCAUGUUUGGCUUUACUUGAAGGUUAUCCAGUUGAAAUUUUGGACGGAGAAGCAUGUUAUGUGCCAACCCGAUGGAUAAAAGGCGUGUUUUCCAUAUUACCUCAGUGUUUAGAUGUACAAAAGCCACAAGCUAAAAGUAAAGUAUACGUUAUUUCGGUGCUCGGCAUUCAAAGCUCCGGCAAAUCUACCUUCCUCAAUACUAUUUUUGGACUACAAUUUGCAGUUAGUGCAGGCAGGUGUACAGAAGGCGUGUAUAUGCAAUUAAUCAAACUGCACAAGUCUUUAGAUAGCAACGCUGAAUACAUUUUAGCAAUUGAUACGGAGGGUUUGAAAGCAGCGAAACUAACAACCACAGAAUCAAUACAGCAUGACAACGAAAUGUCGACAUUUGUCAUUGGUUUGGCUGAUACAACUGUCAUCAACUUGAUGGGUGAAAAUGCUACUUACCUUCAAGAAAAUUUGCCUAUUGCUGUUCAUGCAUUUCUGAGAAUGAAUCUUGUAGGUUUGCACCCAAGAUGUAAUAUAGUUCAUCAUAACGUAGAUGAACGAAACAGACAGAAAUUACUUGAGCAAACUCGCAUUCUUGAAAAUUGUCUAAAUCAACUCACAAGCACUGCUUGCGAAGUAGAACAAAUUCCACGUAGGCUGUUCAAAGACAUAAUAAAAUUUAACAUUACUGACCAUACAGAUUAUAUACCUGCAUUAUUUGAAGGUGGUCAGCCUAUGGCCCCAAUUAACAUUGGAUAUAGCAAACAAUCUGACAAAGUACGAAAGAAACUUAUCGAGUUUAUGCCACCUUACGACGAAAUGUUUUCACUGACUGACUUUGCUAAACAUAUUGAAAUACUUUGGAAUGCUAUCAACAAAGAUAGCUUUGUUUUUGAAUUCAAAACAACACUAGAGACAGAGGCCAAAUUAGAUUUGGAUAAAGGUUUCUUUCAGAUUCUAAAGCAGUUCUUAGAAAAGGUAGACGAAAAAGCAGUAAAAUAUAAAAGAAAACUUAACAUGUAA